AUGACGGCGGCGCGUCCGCAACCACUGUUCCACUGGUUCAUUCCCAUCGACGGCGACGGCGUCCGGCUCGGCACGGCGCGGGCUGAGCGACCGCCGGAUUUCGACUAUCUGACGCGGGUGGUGCGGACGGCGGAGGAGCAGGGCUUUCACGGGCUGCUGAUCCCGACGCGCGCGCCAUUGAUGGAAACGUGGACCACGGCGACCGCCUUGGCGGCGCUGACGACUCGCAUCCGCUUUCUCAUCGCUGUGCGGCCCGGCUUCAUCGCCGUCGGGUUACUGGCCAAGAUGGUGGCGACGCUCGAUCAAAUCAGCCGCGGCAGGGUGGACAUCAACAUCGUGCCCGGCGGCAUCCGGCACGAUUUUGAGCGCCUCGGGGUCGACAGCGACCACGCCGGGCGUUAUGCGCAGGCCGAGGAGUUGAUGCGCGCCUGCCGGGCGCUGUGGACCGGGGAGGUGACCGAUUUUGCCGGCCGCCAUCUCACCCUGCGCGGCGCCCGCUGUGUGCCGCCGCCGUUCGGAACACCGCGUUUUUACCAGGGCGGUGCGUCGCCGCGCGCCGAGGCAUUGGCGGCGCGCGAGGCGGACGUGUACCUGUUGUGGAUCGAGCCGUUGGAACAAAUCGCGGCGCGUAUUGAGCGGGUGCGGGCGGCUUACGAAACGUGCGGGCGCGUGCCGGCGUUUGGCCUGCGCACGCAUCUGAUCGUACGCGAUGACGCGGACGAAGCGUGGGACGCGGCGCGUCGCCUGAUUGCCGACGCCGAUCCCGAGGUGCUGCGUCAGCGGCAGGCGGUGGCGGUUGGCGGACAAGCGGCGUCCGGCGCGACUGUGGACCGGCACCGGCUCGGAAGGCAUCUGUGGACUGGCCUGGCCACCGUGCGCGUGAAUUGCGGCACGGCUAUCGUCGGCACCCCGCAGCAGGCGGCGGAGGAACUCUAUGAAUACUGGAAGCUGGGGGUGGACGAAUUCAUCCUGUCCGGCUUUCCGCACGUCGAGGAAUGCGUACGGGCGCGGCAGGCGGUGCUGCCGCUCCUGCGGGCUUACAUUGCCGGCGAAUCGCACCGUCAGUUACCAUUGGAAAAGAGAUAG